CAUAACCCUAUAUCAGACAAAACUAUUUAUGAGAAGUUUGUGAAUGUCAGCCAGCUCAGGUACACAGCUGCUCUUAAACACAUUAGUCUAGUCACCUGACAUACCGCAUCCUCAGGUCCCCUUCUGUCACCCAGCAGACAUGAAAACAUGUACUGUGUGGUGUCAAAUCCAAUAACACAUCUCUGCCGCAUGCCUAUAAAACUGGAAUGUUUUUCUUAUGUUGUAAACCAAUCAGCUGUCAGAUGGUCCAGAGCGUCAAUUGGUCAAAAGUGAUCAGAAUGGUGGAGUGAGAUGCUUAGAAGGAGGGAUUUGCAUUGUUUAGGACAGCCCCCCGUCCCAAGUCAGCCAUACCCCCUUUAAUUGUUUUUGCGCGCUAGAGAGACCGAGUUUAUUCUGGCAGGGUAGAGAUUGCAGCCUCACUCCUGUGAAGUACCAACUAGUGUGGAUGGAGCACGACAUCUCUCUCCGUCCCUUCCUCGCAUGCCAAGUCAGACUGACUUUAUCUCCAUUCACCGGGUCCGACUUUAUUUUGUCCUCAGCAUCUGGAGUGACUGACUGAGAGGAAAAAGGAAGAAGCAGGUUCUUCAGCCUCGGAGGAAGAGAGCGGGGCUUCCCAAAACAGUGCGUCACCAGGGACCAGUAUUGACUGCCUGGACAAGACGCCCAGAAGACAGCCACCAUGUGUGACUGUUUUCACCUGCCAUUUCCCAACUGGCAUGCAUCAGCCGCGGGAGAAGGGCGAAGGCUGAAGGGACCAGAACAAGACACAGAUGAUGAUUUAGUAUGUGAGGAGCCUGAAGUUUUAGAGGAGGAAAGACCUCGUCCUCAGGGUUCCUCUCCUGUUGAGGAAUUCCCCACCACAGAGAAAUACGCAAAACAGGCUGAAGGUGAUUUCUAUGACUCACCCACCAAGAGUUCCAAGAAAAGCAAAAGGACUGGUUUCAGCUCGCUGUUUGACAAGCGUUCCUCUGCCAAGAUGAAUCAAACAGAGGAUAUGCAAAGUGAUCAGUCAGAAAUAAUAGUGAAAACUGUAAAAGAAGUCUGUGCUGAGGGUUUGGUUGUAAGUGGAGGAAAGGAUGGCAUUUUCAUCAAGGAAGUAAAACCAGAGUCGCCUGCCUCAAAGCUUCUAAGUAUGAAAGAAGGUGAUCAAAUACUUAGUGCUACAGUAUACUUUGAUAAUGUGUCAUAUGAAGAUGCCCUCCAGAUUCUUGAGCAUGCUCAACCAUAUAAAAUGGCAUUCUGUCUAAAACGCAAACCACCUCCAAGAACCCAGGAAGAUGCUGAGGCGGAGAGGCCAGAUAUAUCCAUUGGCGAGGAGGCUGAACAAGUAGAGGAAGGUAGUGGACCAGAGAUGAGAGGUCGAAGAAAGUCAAAAAAGCAAUAUGAUCGCAUCUCUUGGCCCAAAUUCCCUACCUUUAGCAAAGGUCGCGGGGUGAAUUUUAAAAGAUCUCACAGCACGUCAGAAGCAGAGGAACAGAGAAAAUUAGAGAUAAGUCCGACAACAAGUGACACAGAGUCUCCUCUUAAGUCUCCAUUAAAAUCCCCAGAUGGAAAAGACAAGAAAAAGAAGCAUAAAAUGAAACCUAAGAAGCGUAUGCCAGGCCGCAGGAGCAAAUCUGUUGAAGAAACCCAAGAAAACGAAGAGGCUCUUGCAACAGACAAUAUGCAGGUCUUGGACAAUGAAAUUAUUAUGAAUAUAGUUGAAGAGCAAGUGCCAAUGACUAAUGUGAUAGAGAGUCCUAAAAUAUUGAAUGAGGCUAAAAAUAUUGACUCAACCAAAACAGGAAAUGAAUAUACAUUCCCGACUUUGCCAGCGACUGAAUCACUGCAUAAAGCUGAGCUCAUCAGUGUGGACACCACAUUAAAGACUACUGAUAUUACAGUCACUCUUGGAGAUGAUGGCAAAGAAAGGAGAGAGCAAUCAGAACUGAGGGUUAGCAUUCCAGGAAAGGAUAAAUGUGAAAUAGAAACAGAGAGCCAAUUAAAAUCCUCCACAAGUGGAAUGAGAACUUUGGAUCCAUCAACAUUCGACAAUAUUUUGGACAGUCCUAAUAUUAUAUCACAAAUGGAACCAGUUGGACAUCAAGUGGAUUCCGAGAGCAAACCAAUAAAUCAAGACAUUUUAGAAAAGACCCAAGAGUCAGGAAAAACAGACAUGACCAUUCCUAAAAUUGAUGUUUCUCUUGACAUGCCAGAGGUAGGACCAAUAAGCAAAUCACCAAGAAUUGGCAGCGACAAGGAAAAGAAAGAAAGAAACAUUCUAGAAACAGAAAGUUAUGGGAUUCGAACCAGAGGACCAUUGGCAGACAUAGCCACAUCAAAGAGUCAUUUUUCAAAUGCAGUAAACAAACUAGAUUUUACAUCAGACACUUUCACUUUUGAGAUUCAAACAAGAGAGGAUAUGCCCUCAACAGACACAAAGAAACCAAUCACUCCAACACCUGUUAUAUCCCAGCCAAAAUCACAUGCUCUGGAUGUGGACAGAAGCAGGAAGAGUACUGGAGGUAGCACGGACAUUGAAUCAACUUUUAAACUGCCUAAAGUGGAUGUCUCUGAAUUCGACCACCAAGAAUCAAUCACUGUAAGACAGAAAGACUCAACCAAAGAGCCUCUCCUGAAACGAGAGGAAAUUGAAAUUCCUGGCAUGGAGGACAUAGGAUCAAAAGCCAAGGUUAAGUCUCCUAGAAUUAAAGAACAAAAAGUUGAGAAUAUAAUAAAAAUCUCAAAAGCAGGGAAAAAGAAAGCUCAGGCGGAAGCAGAAGAGUUUAAUGUUGAGGAUGUGAAGGAUGCAGUAUCAAAAUUCCCUGCCUUCAAAUUACCUGAGAGAGACAUCACUGGAGUCCUUGUACAGAGAGAGGUCACAAUCAUGGAAAUGAAGUCAGACAAGACUGGCAUGUCACCUAAAGGUUCCCCUUGUAAAAUUUCGAGCAUGAGCACAGAAAUAAACAUUAAGUUGCCUGACACAAUGGAUAAAGAAAAGCAGGGACUUUCUCCUGUUGCUACAAAAGAUCAAGCCUUCAUAUUACCAAAAACUGAACAAUUGCAUUUUGAUGAAAUGGUUAUAAUUGAGAGCAAAACAGACCUAUCAAAAAUUAAACUUGCUGACCACCAACCCAAAACUGGCAAAAUGUUAGCAAGGGAUGAUAAGAUAAGUACAUCUCUAGAUGUAAAAUUCAAACUUCCAAAGCGCGAAGACAUUGAAAUACCAGGAAUGGAAGCCAUUGAACAAUCAGUUCAACCAACAAAAAUCAUAAUAGCCAAAGAUACAAAAACUCAAGACGGGGCUGUGAAAGACUAUACUGAUGCAGAUAUCAAAGCUGACAAAAAUGUGCAUGAAAAGAAAUCAAAGGUAUCGAUGCCAAGUUUUGGAAUCAUGACACCUGACAUUCACUUCCCAGGUAUUGUGACUGAAUUACCAAUAAAGGCCACAUCACCUAAAAGUGAUAGUGGCACAGUCAAAGAGAGGACAACUGAAGCAAAAAUAUCUCUUGAUGAAAGCUGUCCACCUGAGCAUGAAACUAAAAAAGCACAUGAUAUAGAGGGUGAUCAAAUGUUCCAUCAUGAUGUUUUCACUGCUAUUGUUAAGGAAACCUCAAAACAAGAUGUUGAAGCAGAACUGAAGGCUGAAAUCAAAAGCAAAGGCAUAGACUCCUCUCCACAAAAAAAGAAACUGUCUAAAUUAAAAAUGGGAAAAACUGGAGGGAAAUCUAAGAAAGGAACAGCUGAAGUCACUACAAAAGAGGAUGUUACAGUGCAAGAGGUUGUAUUAGAUUCUGAGGAGAGAACAAUUGAGACUGAUCCCAAAGCAUAUAGUGUAGAAACAGACAAAAAUUGGAGUAAAUUAAAAAUGCCAAGCAUACAUGUUUCUGUUCCCAAAAUAAAAAUGGCAGAGGGAAAAUCAAAGCAGGAAGAAACUGGGCUCUCAAAGCCCAAAGCUGUUGAAGCCAUUGAGGAUGCUCAAGAGGAGAGUGGAUCUAGACUGAUCAAGUUUGGUAUCUCAAUGCCAAAAGAGAAGACAGAAGAAGGUGGCCUAUUACCAGAUGAAUCUGAAAAAUCCAUCAUCAAGGUUAGUGGAAAAACUGAAGUGGAGCCAUCUGAACUUCCACAAGCUGAAAUAAAAGAAGCAGAGUCUAAAAUUAAGAAAAGGAAAAUAUCAUUUCCCAAAUUUGGAUUCUCUAAAUCAGAUACUAAAGUAUGUGAUGCUAACAUAACUCUCCCAGCCGCACAAAGCUCUUUACAUGAUGCUGAUGGGACAGAACUAGAUGUUGAAAGUAAGACCACAGAUGUAGAGGCUGAGUUCAAGGAUUCAACAGAUUCUCCCACAAAAUUUAAACUUCCCACAAUUAAAUUUCCAAAAUUUGGAGUCUCAUUUCCCAAGACAACUGAUGCUGGGGGUGAUAUUCAAAUGCCUGAUGUCAGCACAGAUGAAGCUAAACUACCUGUAGAAGCAACAGCACUUUCUGGCAAGAAAGGCAUGGAAAUGACUGUCAGUGUAUCCAAACCUGAAGCUGACUUGUCUCUACCCGAAGGAAAGGCAGAAAUCAAAGGUUUUCAGAAAAAGGAAAUAAAAUCAUCAGAAGAAAUUUCAUUUUCUAAACCAGAUAUUGAUUCUAGCCUGGCUGGCCAUGAUGCUGAAGAAAUUCCAGUUGUUGCAUUUUCAAAACAAGACAUCAAAGCUGCAGGUGUUGAUGUUAGUCUUCCACAGGUUGAUUUAUCAAUUCCAGAAGGUUUUGUUGAAAUAAAAAAGCCUGGUGUGAACGUCACAAUUUCGAAGGAUGAGGCUGAACAUAAAGAUCUAACAAAUGCUGGUACACCAGUAAAGUUUAAACUUCCCUCUAUCAGCUUACCAAAGUUUGGUGGAAAAUCAUCUAAGGUAGUGAAAGACAUGCCAUUUGUGGAUAUAGAUAUUGAAGAACCUGAUGAAAGCCUUCCAGAAACACAGAUAAGCAUGAAACUAAAAGCUGAUGCACCAACAGGUGAUAUCAAGGAUUCUUUUGAGACUACGGAAGGUCAAUUUGUUAGUGUAGAUAUGAAGGUUGAAGAAACAAAGCUCAAAGAACAAGCGUUUACUGUUACACUGCCUAAAUUUGGCCUUAGCCUCCCAACGGUUGAAGCCCACAAGCCAACUGAUAGUGUGGAUAAAGAAGAAUCAACUAUAGACCCCAGAGAAUCAAAUGCAGAGUCUGAUCAGGCUGAAAAAGAUCCAAGAUCUCCAACAAAAUUUAAACGUCCUAAAAUUAAAUUCCCAAAAGUUGGUGUCUCAUUUCCAAAAUCAACAGAUGCAGUCUCUGACAAUCAAAUGCCUGAAGUCACCAAAGAUGAACCUACCAUAGAAAUUAAAGCACUAGAAACCGAGCUGCCUACAGAGUUGCCAUCAUUACCUGAAAUGAAAACCCCACAUAUUAUUCUCAGUGUUUCCAAACCCGAAGUUGAUGCAUCUACCAUAGAGAUGGAAAAGGCUACUGAUGAACACUCUGAAAAGAAAAAAGAAAAGGUAUUGUCUCCAGAUUAUGUAUUUUCUAAACCAGAGGUUAAGAUGAGCCCUGCAGGCCAUGAUCUUGAUCAAAAGACAGCUAUAGAAGAUUUGAAAGUGCAAGCCAGUAAUCUUGAGGCAGAAGUCAACCUUCCUUCAGGUUCAGUAGAUGAAGUCAUCCUGGAGGCUAAAGAAAAGGAGAGUGAAUUCAAACUUAAAAAACAUAAAAUAUCUUUUCCGAAAUUUGGCUUUUACAAAUCUGACACUAAGAUCCCUGAUGCUGACACCAGUCUUCAAAAAGAAGGAAUAUCUGUGCCUGACACUGUGAUCAAAGAGACUGAAAUGACCUUUCCUGCUCCAGAGGUUGAAGUCCAGUUGAAAAACAAAAGUACUUCUGGUUCUCCAUCGAAAUUCAAACUUCCAACAAUUUCUCUGCCUAAAUUUGAUAUUUCCAUUUCAAAGACUGGAGAAGAAUCUGUUGCAAAAGCUGAGGAUGAUGCACAGUCAGAAAUAAAGGCAGCAUCAGCAGUUGCAUCACAGGAUAAAGAUACAGGAUCACAAGAUACAGAACCGUCUAAGUCAACUUUAGAAACCCUACCGGUGGAUGCUGAAAUUAAAACUAAAGAUACUGAUCCUAGUAGUCAAGGGAGUCGAUUUAUGAUGCCCAAAUUUGAAUUUUUAUUUCCAAAGGUAAAGGGACCAGAAUUUAAAAAGAGUGCAUCAGGAACAGAUGCAGAAAAAUCAGAGGUUCCACUGAAACAUGACAAGGAGAGUGCUGAAGGAAAAGCAGACAUACCUGAAGCAUCUGUGGAAAUGGAGGCAACGUUUAAAAUGCCCAAAAUGCCAAGCUCAGAGCAUGAAUUUUCUGAACAAGUCAUUAAAGCUCCAGAGAUUAAUAUUGAGAGGGGUGAUACAUCUAUGGCAGUAGGUGAAGUGGAUGUGAAUCUUGAGAACUUGAAAAUUCAGACAACAGAGAUGUUAAAAGAUGAUUCAACCAUGGGAGGGUCACAGAUCAAAUUCAAACUUCCUACUUUCAAACUACCCAAAUUCAGAAGUUCAUCUACCAAAGAAAAAGUUGAAAUAAUGGAUUUGAGGGGUGAGGAAAUUACUUUGGAGACUGAAGAUUUAAUCACAUCAGUAGAACCAUUAGAUGUCAAAAUUGACUCUAAUGUGCCCAGUCAAGAGCUGAGGAAACCCUCAAUCAGUGCUGACAAGACAAAGGUAGAUAGUGGAGAUCAAUAUACCCUGUCACUUACAGAGGCCAGAAUAUCAAAGGCAGAAGGCUAUAUUUCUUUACCAGAGGCAAAACUUGGGGAACCAUCAACUAAAGCAGAAGUAUCACAAGCCACAUUAGAAAGCAAAAUUGAUCAAAAAGUUGACUUAAAAGACACAGGUAUGAAAAUGAAAAGACCAGGCUUUUCACUUCCUAAAUUUGGAUUUUCUAAACCAGAUAUCAAGGCCCCAGAGAUUGAUGUCAGUCUUGCACAAGUUGAUAUCUCCAAACCAGAAAGUGAUCUGAAAAUAAAAGAACAAAUUAUGAAUAUCACAGUGUCAAAUGUUGAGGAUGAUCAAAAAGAUAUCGGUGCCACAGCAAAAUUUCAACUCCCCUCAAUUAACAUCCCAAAGAUUGGAGGACAAGCUAUGAAGGAAGAGAAAACUAUUCCAAUUGUAGAUAUAGCUAUUAAAGGACCUGAAGUGACUGGUUCAGAUACACAAAUAAAAAUAUCAGGUGAAGCCCCAUCAGUAGAUAUGAAGGGACCUCAUCUAGCCACAGAGGGUCAGUCUGUAAGUGUUGAUUUAAAUGUUGAAGAUGCUGAACUUGGAGAACAGGGGGGAAAGUUUAAGAUGCCAAAGUUUGGUAUUGGCCUUCCUAAGGUAAAAGGGUUUGAUUUAAGUACAUCCAAGAAAGAUGAUAUAACUGAAGGACAACAAAUUCAUAUAAAAAAGCCAGAGAUAACAUCUGAGGAGAUGGUUCAACCACCAGAACAAGAUUUGAAAUGUCUAGAUGUGCAGAUGAAGACAUCACCUGAAUUUGGGUUUUCAAAACCAGAAGUAAAAUCCCCUGAAGCUGGUGUAAGUAUUCAAAAAACGAAUAUCCCCAUAGAAGGCAGUAUGGACCUAGAAGAAGCAAAUGUGGAUAUUAAAGUGUCAAAGAUGGAAUCUGACCAAAAAGGUUCAACAAUUUUUGGAUCUCCAACAAAGUUUAAACUCCCGUCAAUUAGUCUCCCGAAAUUUGGUGUUAAAUCACAGAAAGUAGCAUCAGACAUUACUGUGGCAGAUUCAGAGCUAGAGGGAACACAUAUAAAAACCGACAUUUCUAAACCUGAUGUGAAAUCAGAAGUACAGCCACCCAAAACUGAAGCUGAAGUUGAAGGGGGUGUAGAUAUGCCUGAGGUUGAUUCCAAAGAACUGCAAGUAAAAGUGAAGAGACCAAGCUUUUCAUUCCCCAAGUUUGGGUUUUCUAAACCAGAUACAGCAACUCCAGAAGUUAAUAUCAGUAUACCAAAGGCUGAAGUAUCCAUACCAGAGGUCAAUGUACCUGUUAAAGAACAAACAGCACAAGUCACACUUCCAGGAGGAGAGGCUGAACAGAAAGAUAUAACGAUUGUUAGUUCCCCAACCAAAUUUAAACUGCCAGAAGUUAACCUGCCAAAAUUUGGAGUCAAAACUUCAAAGGGUACAGUAAGUUUACCAUCAGCAGAUAAGGACAUGAAGGUGUCAUGUCAAAUACAAAAAGCUGACUUAGAUGUAAAAGAAAUAGAGACUGAUAUACAUGCCACAAAAGGAGAAACUGAUGUUCAUCUAGCAGAAGGAAAAGUAAUACUACCCAAACCUGAUGUUGACGUUCAAGACAUAUCCAUUGAAGGCAAGGCAGAUAUGCCUGAAGUUGACUUGAAAGGGCAUGCUGUGAAAUUGAAGAAGCCAAGCUUUUCACUACCAAAAUUUGGUUUUUCAAAGACAGAAAUUAAGGGGCAAGAUGUCGAUGCCAGUCAACUAAAGGCAGAUAUGUAUAUGCAGGAGCACAACAUACCUGUUGUAGACAAAGAUGCAGAAAUCACCAUCACAGAAGAAGUGAAAUUACAAGGAGAUACGACAACUCAGACAAAAUUUAAGAUGCCCUCUAUCAACCUUCCAAAGUUUGGACUCAAAUAUCCAAAAGCUACAGUUGAUAUUCCAGCAGUUGAAGUAGAUGUCAAAGAACCUGAAAUCAGUUUCCCAGAAAAAGGAGAGGUGCAAACCACUGACACAGAAACAAACAUAGAUAUUAAAGGGCCAUCUGUUGAUGUGGACAUUAAGGUCAAGGGGAUUGAUCAUGAUGAUGGGAUGGGGAGUAAGUUCAAACUGCCAAAAUUUGGAAUUGGCAUGCCAAAAGUAAAGGAGAUAGAGAUGGAGGGUAAAGAAAUAAACAUAGAGACUGGCCUGCUAUGUGAAGAAAAUGUAAAUGUACAACAGCCUGGUGUUGAAAUUCAAAAUGUGACCAUUGAGGGGAAAACAGAUAAAGCUGAUGUUGACUCCAAAGGGCUAAAAGUGAAACUUCCCAAAUUGGGAUUUUCAAAACCAGACCUUAAGGCUCCUGAAGUUGAUGUGAGUUUACCCAAAGCUGACAUGGGCACAUCAGUGGGAAAUGUUGAUGUUUCAAAGCAGUCUGCAGACAUUAAACCAGAACAAGAUCCUUAUUUGAAGGAGGACACUUUUGGCUCUCCAACAAGAUUUAAACUUCCAACAAUCAGUUUCCCAAAAUUUGGAACCAAAGCAUCAAAGGAUACAGUUGAUAUACCUACGGCACAUGUGGACAUUAAAGUUCCUGAAGUAAACCUUCCAGAUACGAAGUUUAACAUGUCAGGAGAAGUGUCAAGUGUUGAAACGAAGGAGCCAACAGUAGAAGAUCCAUCCGUUGAGAUAAACAUUAAGGGAGAUGAUAUAAAGCAACAAGAGGGCAAAUUUAAGCUUCCAAAAUUUGGGAUUGCUCUUCCAACAAUUAAAGGUCCAGACAGUGACCAAGGGCUUAAGAAUGCUCAGACUGAAACCGAAGUGAAAAUGUCAGGGGAUGUACUAUCUAUAGACAAGAAAGAGCUAAAGUUACCCAAAGGAUCAGUGGAUGUGGAGGCAAAAGGUGCUGAACUUGAAGUAGAAGAAAGUAAAAUCAAACUACCACAGUUUGAAAUUUCUCUACAAUCAUCGAAAAGUCCAGAAUUGGACAUAACUGUUUCAAAAGCAGAGGUUUCUAAAACUGAGGUAAAAGAAGCUGGUACAGAAAAAGAUGUUGUGGUUGAGGAACCAGCAGAUUUAACUGAUAUGAGUUCUAAGGGACUUAGUGUAAAAAUGAAGAAACCAAGCUUUGGAUUUCCAAAUUUUGGAUUUUCAAAAUCAGAUGGCAAGGCCCAAGAUAUUCAAGCCAGUGAAACGACAGCAGAUAUAUCCUUGCCAGGGGACAAUACUGAAAUAGGAGAAAGUGAAAGAGAGGGCAAAACCGAAAUAACAGGUGCACAAUUUGGCUCGCCAACAAAAUUCAAAUUCCCAACAAUAAAAUUACCCAAAUUUGGACUCUCCACUCCAAAGGUCCCUAGUGAUGCAGCAAAGGCUGAUUCUGAAACCAAGGAAAUGAAAGUUAGUUCAGUGGAUUAUGAGAUAGAGACAUCAAAGGUGGAUCCAUCAGUUGACAUCAAAGCCAAAACUGCAGAGACUGAAACCCCAUCUAUUGAUAUUAAUAUAAAAGAAAAGGAGCUUAAUCAAGAGGGACAGGAAACUCAAUUUAAACUUCCAAAAUUUGGGAUUUCAUUGCCCAAAGUAAAAGAUCCUGAGGUGACAGUAAAUGCAAAAGAGUUAAAGACAACUGGAAUUGGGAUCCCUGAACCAGAAAGCAAGAUGCAAGCAGAAGAUGCAAUUCUCCCAGAAGUAGACAUGGCUCUAGAAGAAAGUUCCAGUCUUGAAAAACAAGAGGUAGAGACUGAGUUGAAAGAUGAUACAGUUGUUUCAGGUUCUCCAAGUAAAUUCAAACUGCCUACUUUUAAAAUGCCCAAAUUUGGAAUUUCAACUCAAAAAGCAUCUGAUCCAAAAUUAAAAGAAGCAGAAGUAGAUGUACCAGACAGUAACACUGACCUAAAUAUCGAAGACAAGCCUGUACAAGUGUCUAAAGAAAUACAAAGAGAGGGUGAAAUAAAAGAAGCCACUGAACAGCUUCCAGACACUGCUGCUAAAAAACUGGAUGGGGACAAAGGCUCCCCAAGUAAAUUCAAGUUUCCUACAAUAAAAAUGCCAAAGAUCAGCAUUUCAAGAACAAAAUCUCAGGAAGGAGAAGAUGACACAACUACCAAAGCGAAUGCUCCAGAUGCUAAAACAGAAACCAAAGAUGAUACACAAGAGCCUGGAAAAUCACCCAAAUUUACAAUGCCUACACUUGAGGAUGUCCUCAGGGGCUUUGAGGUUGAAUUUAAUGUUCCAACAAUAGAGGAAAUGGAAGCACAAAAGGACAAACCAUCUGUUAAGCAAGAUCAGGAGGCUGAAGCCAAAGUUGAGGAAACAGCAGAAUAUAAGGACAAAGGAGCUCAGGAGAAAUCAAAGUUUAAAUUUAAAUUUCCAAAAUUAGGAUUCAGCCAGUCUUCAGAUGAAAGCAAUAAGUUGGUUGAUGCUAAGACUGAAGAAAGUGAAAAGCAUUUGGAGUCUUCAGCAGAUCAGAAAGCAACUGUUAGCAAAGAACAAGCAAAAACAGAGAAAGGGGGCUGGUUUAAGUUCUCAUUUUCUUCUCCAACCAAAACAUCAAAAACAGAUGGGAAAGAAAUAAUCCAGCCUCCUGAAGAUGCUGAGAAGCUUGAUGAUGUUGAGAAAGAAGCAAGUAAGGCACACGAGGAACCUGAGAAGAUUUCACUCGGUGAGGCUAUGGAGGAAAACAUCAGCCCCACACUGUCACUGAAGUCAUCUGAAGCUUUUGCAGAUAUAAGUUCUACAGUAACCACUGAGCAGAUUACCCUGUCACAGACCUCACCUACAAAGGUUAAAGUGAAAUAUACUGAACCCACUACCACUGUUGGGGUCAGUGAUGUACAAAAUGAUGUUGUGACUUCCACAGCCAGAUGUAAACUGAUAUCAAUGGAGCCUCACCAGCCAGAGAAAGUCAACAUCCCUUUCUUAUCAGAUAUGUGCUCAGCCUCAACCUCAGUGGACACCACGAAACAGAUGUCUGGGGAAAUUCAUGUCAUCACAUCGAACAUACAAGCUAUACCAGAAACACAGCAAGCCUCAAUCCUUACUAACUUAGAUGUGUGUGGAAUUCACACCUCACCUUUACAAGUAACACUAGGCUCAGAUUCAGUGUUGACAGUGGAGGAAACCAGAGUACAAAGUGGGACGCACACAUUGGUGGAAAAGCAUGUUGUGAAAGAAACUUUACAUGAUGACAAAGAGACAAUACUUGUGACACAGAGAACACGUGUAUUUGAAGGAGACUCUGCAGAACCCAUUUCUGAUGAGACGGCUUCCUCGAUUCAUAGGCUGAGAGACAUGGUACACACUGAAAAAAUUAGUUUUUUUGACAGUGCAGCAACAAUUGAAGAGGUCACUAUAGUGAGCUCUGAAACAUCUCUAAAACAUACGGAUUCCUCUACUGAUGAGAAUGGGGGGAAAUGAACAUGAGAUAUGGCUGAGUUGAUUUUUUGCUUUUGAAUGUAUGUUUCAGUGUUCUAUAUAGUCAUAUAAGCCAGCUGAAUUGUAACACUAUUAUGCAAGAGCGCUGAUACUUAUGAACAUAUCACAGAGUAUUGUUUAGCUAAUAGAAAUUUUAUGCUUAAUAGACUUUUAAAAAACUAUAUCCACUGGACAAAUUAUGUAUGUACAUGGAAUAAUAGAAAAAAAAAAUUAUAAUUUAUGUGCGGUUUGUCAGUGUGCUUUAUUGUAAAUCUGUCAUCAUGGGAAUACUGUUUAUAGUGCAGACUUUGCAAUCAAGCAAUCAUCAUUUAAUCAAAUAUAUUCACAUAAAAUUGUUGAUGUGGCAGUAUCACAUAUUGUGGCAUUUGUUUCUUUAAGGUUUCUUUGGGAAAACUGUGUAAUUGCAAUUAUAAUUCUUUGUUUCUGCAGCCUUGAGAAAGAAUGAAAACAUUGUGUAAAUAUGUUUUAUUCACCCCAAAGCAUUUGCACCUACAGUAUGGUAUGAUGGAAUCAAUGGACUUGCAAAAUACCCAAUGCAUAUUUUCAAAUACAAAUCAUUUUCUUAAUAGGCAAUGACUUUACUUUGACUAUAUGUGAAAAGAAAUCAAUUUAAUGUUGUAAGAGAAACACUUUAAUUGGUUGCUGCAAAAUAAAAAGUGAAAUUAU